UGAUUUUUGAUAUCUGCAACUUUUUUAACUGACCUUUUUGCUGUGUCGUGUUCUCUUUAAAUCCAGAAACGAACGAUCGCUCUUUGAGCGUGAGUCUAAUGCAUAAUCUAUCUUAAAAUGACCCACUCACCCUAUCAAAGAGUGGACUCCAUUAUCUGUCCAAAUCAAACAGACCAGUCCCUGCGACCAUGUGUACAUGCCACGGGGAUGAAUAAACCCACCUACCGGCUCCAUGGAUCCCUCCGGCACCUGCAAACUGGUGCAUGAAGCCAGUUCAUGGAGGCCGCCAUGUUUGACACGGGCGCAUGCGCGCUUAGGGCUGUUUUAGCAUCAGAGCAUGCUGGGUACUUACAGGUACAAUAGGUAACUUCUAACGGUCAAAAACAAUUAGAAACAACAAACGCCUUGUAACCACAACACUGUGUAUCAUCCUCCCCUACUCUGCGAACGCGCUGACGGCUCGUCAACUGUAUAUUUAGAAACCCAAAUUGAAGGACUAUAAGGGUUCAGAAUUACCUGGCGGAAGGAGGAAAAGCACUAGGAUGGUGUUGAAUCCUGUUGUGUCCAAGCUGACGGGGAAACUCGUGGUGCUAGCCAGUGCCUCUCCAAGGAGGAGGGAGAUUCUGACAAAUUUGGGGUUGAAGUUUGAGGUUGUCCCAUCAUGGUUUAAAGAGACUCUGGACAAGUCCUUGUUCAAGCAGCCUCAUGAGUAUGCUGUAGAGACCGCCAGGCAGAAGGCCCUGGAGGUGGCCAAGAGGAUGCCCUCCAAACACUUGAAAUCCCCGGACAUUGUGAUUGGAGCAGACACUGUAGUGACAGUGGACGGACUCAUCCUCGAGAAGCCAGCUGACAAGCAGGACGCCUACAAUAUGCUUUCCAGGUUGAGCGGUAAAGAACACAGUGUGUUUACUGGGGUGGUGAUUGUCCUCUGUCAUCAGCCGGAAGGUAGGGAAAUGGAGAAAAGAAUCUUUGAUUUUUACGAAGAGACCAAGGUAAAGUUCGCCGAUCUGUCUGAAGAGAUGGUCUGGGAAUAUGUCAACAGCGGGGAGCCCAUGGACAAAGCCGGGGGCUACGGGAUCCAGGCCUUGGGGGGCAUGCUGGUUGAGUCUGUGCAGGGAGACUAUCUGAACGUGGUGGGCUUCCCGCUGAAUCACUUCUGCAAGCGCCUGGGACAGAUUUACAGCGCGGCCGCCGAGCACCCGGGCACGGCCGAGAGGCAGCCCCACUGCGAGGAGCCCACGCUGGCUAGUGCAGUCCCUGCCCCCGCCACCGGGGGCGCUGUGCACACGCCAAACCUCACUGAGCCACGCGGCGGGGUGCCACACAGCCCCAACUUUCCGCACAAGAUUGUCGACAUAAUCGACGGAUUCAAAGCCUCUAAGUGUUUGUUUAUAGCCUCGAAGCUGAAGCUGUUUGACCUGCUGGCCAGUGAGGACGGGCUGAGCGCAGAGGAGGUUGCUGGGAAAAUGGCAGCCACUGUGCGGAUGGCUGAGAAGCUGCUGGAGGCGCUGGUCUCUCUAGAGCUCCUGAACAAGAGCACGCGCAGAGGAACCACAGCCUAUAGGAACACGGAGGAGGGGAGUCGGUACCUGGUGUCCUCGGCCGAGUGCUCUCUGCACGGGUACAUCAUGUACUGCAACGAGGACGUGUGGCCUCUCUGCUCCCGCCUGGAGCUCGCCCUGCUGGAGGGGAGCCCCCGGCCCAGGGACACGCCCGAACCCGCCUUUCAGGAGGCCUAUUACAGCACUCAGGAGGGGACUCUGCGAUUCAUGAGUGCCAUGGACAGUAUCGCCAAGGUGGCGGGGAGAGACGUGGCGACAGCCUUCGAUCUGUCUCGCUUUAAAGUGGCGUGUGACCUCGGAGGGUGCACUGGAGCGAUGGCCCGCCAGCUGGUGGAAGCGCACCCGGGCCUGUCCGUCACGGUCUUCGACCUGCCUGCUGUGGUGGAGCUGAGCAGCCACUUCUGCCCCGCCCCCCAGCACACCGGCCCAAUCACGUUCGUCGCUGGGGACUUCUUUACGGACGACCUUCCCAAAGCAGACCUCUACAUCCUGACUAAAAUUCUGCACGACUUCACUGAUGAAAAACUCAACCUGCUGCUGAGUAAACUGUCAAGGAUCUGUUCUCCAGGCUGUGGGCUGCUGGUCUCUGAGAUGUUCCUGAAUGAGGAGAGGAGCGGUCCGAGCAGAGUGCUGCUCCUGGCUGCGGGGUCGGGGAUGGGCAGGGAGAGGAGCGUCUCUGAGUACCUGCAGCUGCUCGGCCAGCACGGCUUCUCCCAGCCGCGCGUCAGACGCACCGGCAACCUCCUCGACACGCUGCUGUGUAUAAAACAGUGAGCCGCCAAAUCUUUAGAAACGUAGAUAUCUGGCUUCACAUCGCCAAUAGCAAGUAGGUCCCUUUGUGGUGUUUAUACUGUAUAUCAUUUGAUCCCUGUCAAAGCCUGAUGUAAUGUUGAAGCAACAAUGUUCUGAUGUUCCUGCAGUGUUGGAGGGACGUUGUGUGGGCACUGGAAAGCACUAACUCUGUGGCACUUUUCCAUGUAUGUGGAGGCUGUCAAUAAAUUGGACGUGUCUGGCAUUACUUCUACACUCAUUACUCAAUCAAUGGGAACCUAUGUAAAAUACAUAUUUUGACUUUCAGAUAAAAAACAAACCAUGGGGUUUGAAUCUGGUUUAUACACGCUUGGUAAUACUGUACCCGAUAUAUCUUCUUUUAUUUAUUUUUUUUAAUGUAUAAAUUUGGCAUCUCCACCUGAAUUUGGAAUGUCCAGUUCACAGAAAGUGCGUGACGUUGCCCCUGCUGCGGCCUCUGGGGGGUGAAGUGAACUGACAGUUCUUCACUGCAGAACAUUACAUUACAUUCCAGGCAUUUAGCAGACGCCCUUAUCCAGAGCGACGAGCAAUGAAGUGCGAAUCUUAAAUCUUGCUAAUGUCAUUCUGCUGUUACAUUCAUUUGACAGUUACAUUGUUUGAAUAAAGAAUUAAGAGGUA